AUGAUCCGCGAUGCCACCCCCGAGACGAUCCGGGAUGGAUCCGCCAGCCUCGGGAUGAUCCAGGAUGCCACCCCCGGGAUGCCCCGGGAUGGAUCCGGCACCCCCGGGAUGAUCCGGGAUGUCACCGACACCCUCGAGAUGAUCCGGGAUGUCACCGACACCCCCGGGAUGCCCCGGGAUGGAUCCGGCACCCCCGGGAUGAUCCGGGAUGUCACCGACACCCUCGGGAUGCCCCGGGAUGGAUCCGGCACCCCCGGGACGCCCCGGGACGGCGGCGGGACGGCGCUGCAGGAGUACGAGCUGCUGAGCUUUGCUGAGCCCGGACCCUCCACAUCCCGCAGCGUCCACCUCCAUUUCCGCUUCUCCCCGGAGGUGUCCCGGAGCACCGAGGUCCAGCAGGCCACGCUGUACCUGUUCUGGCCAUCCCCCGGGACCCACCGUGUCACCAUCCGCCUCCUCCAGCCGGACCCAGCCGCUCCCAACCUGACCGUGACCGGCGAGACCCGGCUGCAGGUGCGGAGACGCGGCUGGACCGCGUUGGAUAUCGGAGCAGCCGUGCAGAACCUCUUCACGCAGGACACCCCGCGGCUCACCGUGCACCUGGAGCUGCCGGAGGGCUGGGGAUCCCCUCUGCCAUCCCGCCACGGCGAUUCCCACCGGCCCUUCGUGGUGGCCAAAGCCCGUUCCAGGGCUGCCCACCGCGUCCGGCGGCGCGGCGUCGACUGCGGCGCGGAGCCGCGGAUGUGCUGCCGCCGCGAGUUCUUCGUGGAUUUCAAGGAGAUCGGCUGGGAGGAUUGGAUCAUCCAGCCCGAGGGGUACCACAUGAAUUACUGCUCGGGGCUGUGCCCGCUGCACAUGGCCGGCGUCCCCGGCCUGGCCGCCUCCUUCCACACGGCCGUGCUGAACCGCGUCAAGGCGGCGAGCGCGGCGGCGGCCGUGGAUUCCUGCUGCGUGCCCACGCGGCGCCGCCCGCUCUCGCUGCUCUACUACGACCGCGACGGAAACAUCGUCAAGACCGACAUCCCCGACAUGAUCGUGGAUGCUUGUGGCUGCACCUGAGCGGGGAUGG